GAGCUGUGGUGGGGUGCGUACUGUCGUUCAUCUUCAGUGUUUGGGUAGUUAUUGGUAAAUUUGUGCGAGGAGGGGGUUCGCCUCCCCGCCUGCCACUGUCUACUGAGGGCUGCCCGGAGAACCUUGCCCUCUUCCUUAACGCCACCGUCACCGGCCUCGUCAACAAUACCACUCGUCUUGCUGAUACUAUGUUGACGACCACCGCUCUGCCUGAUGCUGUGCCUGCCAACACCACAGCUGUCGAUGGAACUCAAUCUAACACUAUCUACGAGAUCUCCUACUGCUACACGGGCAUAAUUGCUGCGGCGCUGACAUUUAUAAUCAGCUCCCUCGUCUCUCUGUUGACAGGUCCUAACAGCCCUGAGGAUGUGAGAGAGGGGGUGGUGAGUCCGGCAUGUGCCAGAGCCUACAAGCGUGUGUGGGAGAGUGUGAAGGGUCGCCCCACCUACUCAGUCACCCAAGACAUUAUCAACGAGGAGGAGGAGUUUAAGAUGUUGCCCAGACAUAACACUGAUAACCUCAACACUCCCUCUUAGUUCCCUCCAGCUUGUCCCUCCCUGAGACUCUUAGUUCCCCCCAGCUGGUCACUAUCUGUGACUCUUAAUUCGCGCCAGCUGGUUCCUCUCUGAGACUCUUAGUUCCAUCCAGCUGGUCCCUCUCUGAGAAUCUUAGUUCCCUCCAGCUGGUCCCUCUCUGAGACUCUUAGUUCCAUCCAGCUGGUCCCUCCCUGAGACUCUUAGUUCCCUCCAGCUGGUCCCUCUCUGAGACUCUUAGUUCCAUACAGCUGGUCCCUCCCUGAGACUCUUAGUUCCCUCCAGCUGGUCCCCCCUGAGACUCUUAGUUCCCUCCAGCUGGUCCCUCCCUGAGACUCUUAGUUCCCUCCAGCUGGUCCCUCCCUGAGAUUCUUAGUUACCUCCAGCUGGUCCCUCCCUGAGACUCUUAGUUCCCUCCAGCUGGUCCCUCUCUGAGACUCUUAGUUCCCUCCAGCUUUUCUACACAUUGAUUUUUUAGUCUCUCUUUAAUGUUUCACUCUGAUUGUUUUUUCAGUGUGUCUGAUUAUCUUUCAUUGUCUGUUUUUGUAUGUCUUUGUCUUAUUCUGACUCUAAAGAACAAGGAUAAUAAUGAUAAAAGAGGAAGAAAUAAGAUAAGAACCGACAGACAGUAACAGAAGAUAAGGCUCUAUCUCCAUCUGUCUUCCUGUGCGUCUGUCCAGCUGUCUAUAAAUUUUUCUUCCUAUUAUUUUCUUCUUGGUCUUCUAGGCAUUAAUAUCCUCGUUUUUUGUGACCCUU